GGGGCCGCAUCCGCCUGACGCCGGAAGUGUCUUUUCGCCCCUGCCGCCGGACCAUGGAGACGGUGGCACAGUAGAGCCUGUGGUGUAAGGAUUGUGGGGGCGGUGGCCAUGGAGGCCGUGCUGAACGACCUGGUGUCUGUGGAUGAUCUGAUGAAGUUUGAGAAGAAAUUCCAGUCUGAGCAGGCAGCAGGCUCAGUGUCCAAGAGCACGCAGUUUGAGUACGCCUGGUGCCUGGUGCGGAGCAAGUACAAUGAUGACAUCCAUAAGGGCAUCGCGCUGCUCGAAGAGCUGCUGCCCAAAGGGAGCAAAGAGGAGCAGCGCGAUUAUGUCUUCUACCUGGCCGUGGGCAACUACCGGCUCAAGGAAUAUGAAAAGGCCCUAAAGUACGUGCGCGGGCUGCUGCAGACGGAGCCCCAGAACAACCAGGCCAAGGAGCUGGAACGGCUCAUUGACAAGGCUAUGAAGAAAGAUGGCCUGGUGGGCAUGGCCAUCGUUGGUGGCAUGGCCCUGGGCGUGGCGGGGCUGGCUGGACUCAUCGGACUUGCUGUGUCCAAGUCCAAAUCCUGAAGGAGACUGCACCUGCUGUUCCACCCAGUGCCCUGCAUGGGCACUUUUCAAAGAGGAGCCAUCUAUCCUUGUGGGCCUUUUCCUGUUCUCCCCUGCACCCUUGUCAUUGUCCUCGGCUUCCCUGAGACCUAUUUGUUUAGCCCCCAAGUCAUGUGGUUUGGGAUGAGUGUAAAUAAAAUUGAGCCAAACUUGGGAA